GGGCCAUUUUGAUUCCAUGGUCAAAAGAAAUAACUAGUCUGAAGCGGCCUGAGCAGCCAGGUACUGCUGUCUACCGGGACUGCCUGAGGUGCUGGAUGCCCUCGGCGACGGGAAGAGGGCAUCUAUGAGCUGCCAUGUGGGCGCUGGGAACUGAACCCCGGGUCCUCUGGAAGAGCAGGUCUAAGGAAACUCUCGGGACUAUGGUGAUUCUCACAGAGGAUCUUGAGAUUUCUGCAUUCUGAUCAAUGUCAAAUGCCACUGGAUUUGUUCUGAGACUCUUGCCAUAGAGGAUGGCAAAAGGCCUCCUGGUGACCUAUACCCUUUGGGCUUUCGGGGGUCCUGUCGGGCUCCACCACCUGUAUCUGGGAAGGGACAGCCAUGCCCUGCUCUGGAUGCUUACCCUGGGAGGUGGUGGGUUGGGCUGGCUCUGGGAGUUCUGGAAACUCCCAAGCUUUGUCGCUCAAGCCAACAGAGCCCAGGGUCGGAAACAGAGGCCAGCAGAGGGGAGACCACCUCUGAGUCUCCUUCGCUUUGUUGCCCAGAUGAUAGUGGGUAUCUAUUUUGGUCUCGUGGCUCUGAUCAGCCUUUCUUCCAUGGCCAACUUCUACAUUGUGGGCCUUCCAUUGGCAGUUGGCUUGGGGGUCUUGCUGGUGGCCGCUGUUGGCAACGAGACGUCAGACUUUAAGAACACGUUAGGAGCAGCUUUUCUCACUUCCCCUGUGUUCUAUGGCCGCCCCAUAGCCAUCCUGCCCAUCAGUCUGGCUGCCAGCGUCACAGCCCAGAAGCAUCGCCGAUACAAAGCUUCCGUGGAGUCAGAGACCAUUAGCGUGCGGCUCUACCGCCUGGGCUUGGCUUACCUCGCCUUCACAGGCCCGCUGGCCUAUAGCGUCCUGUACAACACAGCUGCCACCCUUAGCUACGUGGCAGAAACCCUGGGUUCCUUCUUGAGUUGGUUCAGCUUUUUCCCGCUUCUUGGCCGCCUCGUGGAGUCUGUCUUCCUUCUGCCUUGCCGAGUCUGGUGGCUCCUGGUCGGGGAUCCUGGCUUCAACAGCACCCAGUUCCAGGAGUGGGAACGACUCUAUGAAUUUGUUGACCGUUUUCAGGAUGAGAAGCGUCAGCUGGCUUACCAGGUUUUGGGCCUUCCAGAAGGGGCAACCAAUGAAGAAAUACAUCGGAGUUACCGCGACCUGGUGAAGGUCUGGCACCCGGACCAUAACCGGCACCAGACGGAAGAGGCCCAGAGGCACUUCCUGGAGAUCCAGGCUGCGUAUGAAGUCUUAAGUCAGCCCAGGAAACCCAGAGCAUCCUGGAGGUGAAAAGCGGCAACUUCGAGGUUGGAUUCACUCUCGGCAGAGCUGGGCAGCAUAUUCACACCCCGGCAUCCCAAAAGUGUUAGAGAGGCUGCUUGCAGCAGAGACGAACACUUUAAAGGGACGAGAAAGUUUAUGGUAGAGAAUGUAUUUAUGUUCUGAAUUUCUAAGUUCUUGGCUACUGUAUUCUUUUUUUUUUUUUUUUUUUUUUUUUUCAGUUUUUC